AUGUCAGAAGAACGUGGAAUUAUUCACCCGCGACCACAAGCUGCUCUCGGAGUCAGUUCAUCGCUGUUAACCAUGCCGGCAGCUGUAUCCCAAAUGCCUGUGAUAGCACAACGCCAUCGGACAAAAUCAAAGAAUUCUCAGACACUGCGAACAAUAGUCCAGGAUAUUCUUUCUGCUCUAGGAGCUGUGGAUGCCUUUUUUGCGAUGGAUGCUUUUUCUGCACUCCAAGCUGUUUGUUCCAUCGACUUUACGCGGUACCAACGAGCCAUACUAUCCACUGUCUUUACGCGUACCAACGAGCCCUAUACUCUCAACUGUCUUUACGUGGUCCCCCCAAGCUGGGAAAUCGUCAUUAACGUCGACAUUGUACUACAACAACAAGGUUCAACAUCAAGUGCCACGCUGGAACUCCAACCAGGACGCACAGCAUCGUGGAACAACAUCCGCCUCAGUCUCAUCGGUAACAUCGUCCCUCAAUUACCGAUACUGUCAUCAACCUUCAUGGAAACAGGAACUGACAUUUCAAUAGUGAAACCAGUUCAUAAAGGGAAACUCGAACCUCACAGUGCAGGGCAACUACAAUGUCCCACGAGAAGAGCAGCCGAGGAAUUCGAAUGUAUCUUUCCUAGCAACGCAUGUACAUGCACAAAAGGCCUCCAGAAAGUAUCCUGCACAUGUAGCCCAGGAGAUAUGGAAGCCCUCAUGCAAGCAUCUCCUCUGCCGCAGUCGUCGAAAAAUUUCAUGAUCUACUCACGUAACAACGCCAUACUAGCAAAGACCAAUGUCGGAAGCGCCAUCCAACUCCAUCUCGUAGCGGAAGAUCUGAAAAUUACCUCUCGUCAGUCGAACAGUUCCUGCGAAGUUGAAACGAGUGACAUUGCAGGUUGCUACAACUGCUUAGCCGGCGCCGAACUCACACUGUCAUGUCGCAGCUCUCAUGAGGAAGUGACCGCCAGCAUUAUUUGCCCGACACAGACGCAAAUCGCAAAAUGCACAAGAAACGGGCACUUGAAUCAAAUAAAGCUUCACUUCACUACUUCGACCAUAUCAACAGAAUGCAUCGUUUCCUGCCCUGGAGGGACGACAACUAUAACGUCAGAGGAUCGCUCCAGUUCGUCAACGACGGUCUAA